AACAAAAUGGCGGGUAUUGCUAAGUCAUCUCUCUGACUGUAAACAAUAGUUCUCUCGAAUGAAGAUUUACCAUGAAUAAUAGAACUGAGCCCGAAGGAAGCAGCGAUGCUGAUAAGUCGAGGAAACCACGGACACAGCAGCAAAAGAACUCGGAAUUUUUUGCAACACUGGAACAGCUUGAGCAGAGAAUUUCUGCCCUGGAAAAGGAUAGAAACACUCCACUUUACAGUCGACGCAGCGAGUUUCGUAAAGACUACUGUGAACUUGAAGAAGUGGAUUUGAAGGGAACAAAUGAAAGAAAAUCAGAGAUGAUGACAUUCAAAGAACAGCAGAGAAAAAUCUAUGAUGAGCUGAUGCAUGAAGAGCGAACAUGCCUACAAGAAGUAGCAGCAAUGGAGAAAAAGUUUGAUUCUUGGUCACAGUUGCCUGCACCUGCAACAGCUGCUGUUGAUGUAAAGAAAGCAGCUGGGGCUAUUACAGUUUCACUGCCACCUGCAGUUGCAGCAUUUGAGAGAUUCUUGGCGCAGACUGGUGGACACAGUGGAGGUUGGGAUGACUAUGAUCAACAACUCUUCUUAAAGCUUAAGAGCAAACACAAGAACCAUGAAGCUUUCAUGCGAGCUGCAGGAUCAGAGAUUCCUGGAAGAAGCAUUGAUGAUGUGCGACAGCAUGAUGAAUGGUACAGCGAAUACUUGAUACUCAAAGAAAGUAAAAAGAAAGCCAUCCAAGAAUGGAAAUACAACAAAGAGGCAAAGAAAGAUGACUUGUUAAAAGAUGAUGAAGAUGAAUUGGAGGAGGAAGAGACUGGAGAUUAAAGCACAAGUGGAAGAGUACGCAAGACAAAAAGCAGAAGAACACGCUAUUUUACAAGCAGCACGACACGCGAGACAUCACCAAGAAAAAGAGGCAAAUAAAAUAACCGCGGAAGAGGCAGCGAAAAUACAAGAAAGGAGCCAAAAGAUGUUAGAUGAACGAAAAGCCAAGUUGAAAGUGAAGGAGGUUCAGAAACAAGAGAAAGAAAAAAGGCUCCAGAAACUAAAAAGUCAGGUUGAAGUGAAUGUAUCUCGCGACCCAUCUCGACUGUACAAACUUACUGCUGGCUGGGAACAGAGAAAAAAAGAAGGGCCUGGGACGGCUGGACAUGGGCCCAGUCUUCAUAUGCCACACAGGGCAGUCCCAUCAUGGCGGCAGGGAUUAUCAUGACAGCUAGCUACUUUACAGAACACUCAUCGCCAUUCUGAAGCCCAUGGACUUACGUUCUUUUGCAUUUUUGAUCUUUUUUCAACAUGUAUUACAACUACCUUUCCGCCAUCUUUAAAACGAAAAUUUCGAUGACUUUAUCAUCUGUGGAAUGUGAUUCCAUUCUCAUAUCGGGUAAGCUUAAAUUCGCUAAAACGUGGUCAAGAAAGAGCCUGCAGAACAACCGUCAUCUGUUAGCGAGGCGCGCGGAGGUAAGCGCGAGGCAAGAGACCCUCGCAAGGUCAUUUUGUUCGCGCUCCUCCCCUCACGCGUCUCUCCUCUCGCGCUUACCCACUCCCGCCAUAUGUUGAUAGCUCCUACAGCUUAUCAACAUGUGAACGUUAAUCUUGUUAAUCGCGUUAAGAGGGGCACUGUUAUUUCACUUGCACCUCGUAAGAAGCUGCAUUUGAUAUAAACAUCUUCUGGAGGCCGUGAGUCUUCCAAAGCUUGGAGGUGGGAAACAACCGAGUUGAUAGUGUACAGUUUUAAAUGAAAUUGUGAAUAAAAUAAUUAUUUAUGUGUCAA